AUGGAAAUGACCCUUCGGAAACUCUUUGCAUUGAAAUGCCCGAAAGUGCUGAUCACGGUGGUCCUUUUGCUGGCGUGGAGCCAUCCCAGCGAGCAGCAGUACGACGUGAUCGAGUAUUUCGCCGGCAAAGGCAGGGUCGCAAAGGCUGCCAGGAGGUGCGGCCUGCGUGCCGCGGCGUUGGAUGUUCUGUACCAUACGAGCUUUGACAUCACAAGCGCGGCAGGGAUGGCGUUGCUAGGUUUCAAGAGAAACAUGUAUACAUGCAUGGUAUGCAGUGUGUGUGUGUGUGUGUACACACUUGUCUAUCUAUGUACAUUACACACAUAA